AUGGCGGCAGUUCAAAGUCACGAACAGUCCGAUGAGAAUCUUUAUCCAAUAGCCGUUCUCAUCGAUGAAUUGAGAAAUGAAGAUGUUCAGUUACGACUCAACAGUAUUCGUAAACUCUCAACGAUUGCUCUCGCACUUGGUGCUGAACGUACGCGUGGAGAACUUGUGCAAUUUUUAACUGAUACAAUUUAUGAUGAGGACGAAGUGCUGUUGGCAUUGGCUGAGCAAUUAGGGAAUUUCACACCGUUGGUUGGUGGACCGGAAUAUGUGCAUUGCUUAUUGCCACCACUCGAGAAUUUAGCUACUGUCGAAGAGACAGUAGUUCGCGAUAAAGCCGUUGAAAGUCUGCGUAAAAUCGCGGAGAAACAUUCGAGUGCAGCGAUCGAAGAGCAUUUCAUUGCGAUGGUUCGAAGACUUGCUACUGGUGAUUGGUUUACAUCACGUACGUCAGCUUGUGGUCUUUUCAGUGUGGCAUAUCCUCGCGUUAGUCCUGCGAUCAAGGCUGAGCUUCGAAACAUGUUUCGAGCACUGUGCCGUGAUGAUACACCAAUGGUCAGACGUGCAGCUGCUUCGAAGUUGGGUGAGUUUGCUAAAGUGAUGGAACCAGACUUCUUGAAGGAUGAACUGUUGCUUAUGUUCGUUGAUUUGGCAUCCGAUGAGCAGGACUCUGUUCGUUUAUUAGCCGUAGAAGCAUGCAUUGCAAUUGCAUCGUUGCUGACUGAAGACCAGCGCAAGGAACUGAUCAAACCGGUGCUUUGUAGCCUGAUGGAUGAUAAGAGUUGGCGUGUUCGUUAUAUGGUUGCUGAGAAGUUCACUGAGAUCCAACAAGCAGUCGGUAAAGAUAUAACAAUGAGCGAUUUACUGCCUACGUUCACAAAUCUCCUGAAGGAUAUGGAAGGAGAAGUAAGAAGUGCAUCAGCUGCAAAAAUUCAACAAUUUUGCGCAGCAUUACCCCCAAAUGGUCGUGAAAAGGCAAUAUUAACGAAUAUUUUACCAGUGGUAAAAGAAUUAGUAACAGAUCCAAAUCAACACGUCAAAACAGCGUUAGCAUCAGUCAUAAUGGGCUUAGCGCCCAUACUUGGCAAUGAACUCACACUGGAGCAUCUUUUACCGAUUUAUCUGACUCUACUCCGUGAUGAAACUGCUGAAGUUAGACUGAACAUCAUUUCAUCACUCGAUAAGGUGAACGAUGUGAUUGGCGCAGCUCAGUUGUCGCACUCUCUGUUACCGGCGAUCGUUGAAUUGGCUGAAGAUAGCAAGUGGCGUGUUCGUUUAGCGAUUGUUGACUUCAUGCCGUUACUUGCUGCUCAGUUGGGUCAAGAAUUCUUCGAUGAAAAGCUUCUGUCACUUUGCGUUGCAUGGCUAACUGAUCAUGUUUAUGCAAUUCGGGAGGCAGCCACUGGUAUUUUGAAGCAGUUAACUGAGAAAUUUGGCGCUGAUUGGGCAUUGAAACAAGUUUUACCACAGGUGGUUCCACUGGCGAAAGAGAAGAAUUAUCUGCGUCGAUUGGCGUGUCUGUUCUGUUUUAAUACGCUUUGUGAAGCAAUCGGUGCCGAGAAUACACUCAAAGAAAUAUUACCGGUUGUGCAGCAGUUGAGUGAAGAUCUAGUCCCGAAUGUACGUUUCAAUGUUGCGAAAACGCUGUUGCGUAUUGGACGUGUUAUUGAUGCAGGAUCAGUGAAUACCCAAGUGAAACCAUUAUUGUUGAAGAUGUGUAACGAUAAUGAAUUUGACGUGCGCUACUUUGCUGACGAAACAAGGAUGGCAUUGGGUAUUACGGCCUGA